AUGCCUGGAUUCCCAAUUCCUCACCUCCCCUUCUUCCUCAUCCUCCUCUUCACCUCCAAUGCCGCCGCCGGAGCUCCUCUCUCGCUCCCUUCCGCCCACCAAUUCAAAGAAGCCCCUCAAUUUUACAACUCCCCUGAAUGCCCUGCCAUCGACUGGGACGACGGCGGCGGCGGCGCGACACUCUGCUCGAAUCGAGCCGUCCACGUGGCGAUGACCCUCGACACAGCCUACCUCCGCGGCUCCAUGGCCGCGAUCUUCUCCGUCCUCCAGCACUCCUCCUGCCCGCAGAACAUCGCCUUCCACUUCGUCUCCUCACAAUCCGCCGACGCGUCGUUCCUACGCGCCACCAUCUCCUCAUCCUUUCCUUACCUGAACUUCCGGGUCUACUCCUUCGACGACUCCACCGUCGCGGGGCUGAUCUCCGCCUCCAUCCGCUCCGCGCUCGACUGCCCCCUCAACUACGCCCGCAGCUACCUCGCCGACAUCCUCCCGCCCUGCGUCAGCCGGAUUGUCUACCUCGACUCCGACCUCGUCCUCGUCGACGACAUUGCCAGGCUGGCGCGCACCGACCUCGGGGACCGCGCAGUGGUGGCGGCGCCGGAGUACUGCAGCGCCAAUUUCACUGCCUAUUUCACCCCUAGCUUUUGGUCAAACCCUUCUCUGUCCCUGACGUUUGCAGACAGGAGGGCGUGUUAUUUCAAUACAGGGGUUAUGGUGAUAGAUCUGGGUCGGUGGAGGGAAGGGGGUUAUACGCGCAAAAUCGAGGAGUGGAUGGAGCUGCAGAAGCGGGUUAGGAUCUACGAAUUGGGUUCUCUGCCGCCGUUCCUGCUCGUCUUCGCCGGAGAGAUUGUUCCGGUGAACCACCGGUGGAAUCAGCACGGCCUGGGAGGGGACAAUUUCAGGGGAUUGUGCAGGGACUUGCAUCCCGGGCCGGUGAGCUUGCUGCAUUGGAGCGGGAAAGGGAAGCCGUGGGUUCGGCUCGACGCCAAUCGGCCGUGCCCGCUCGACGCGCUCUGGGCUCCGUACGAUCUGUUGCAGACGCCGUUCGCUCUGGAUUCGUGA